CACCGCCGCGCCAUGUCGUUACCCUCUGGUCUAUCUGGUCGGUGUAUGGGCUCCCAUCGUUUGGCCUUGAUCAAUGUUGAUCAACAUCAGGAUGGAAUUGUGGAAGAGAUGAUUCAGCGGAUCUACCUGCGCUGCCAGACGGUGUGUCCCAGCUUCGUGCGCCUGGAGACCAGCAGCGUGAUCCCCGCGGGCUGCGAGGUGACGAGUAGCUCCACGAUCUCAUAUUUGGCCAUCAGCGCCAACAAUGUGGAGCUUGACAACUUGAUUUCAGCUGCUCAGGAUCUGAGCCUGGAGGAAGGCGGUGGCUCUCUGUGUGUGCUGGGCCGGAGCCCCUUCAGCAAGGAGAAGCUGUCCAACCAGGAGCUGAGACAGGUGGCAUGGUAUGUAUGGUAUGAUGAUGCGUGA